AUAUUAGCGACUCAAGAGCAAACAUGAUCAUGUUAUGAAGCGCUGCGUAGACGAAGGUCAAUAUUGAUAUCGACGCAGAUGACCGCAGCCCCAUCCUGACCAAUCAGCGGCAGAGUUCCGCUCUGGACGAAAUAGGGUUAUAUGGGCGGAAUUCACCUUCGAUGUAUUUCUCAGCACCAACAGGUUAUCAAUCUCUAGAUUACCUUAAUGUUGAGUAGCCGGAUAUAUCCCGCAGGCGAUUACCACGAGGGCUACAGGAUGUGAUACCUGGACUACAACGGGGCGUAUAUGAACCAUGAUGACUGUCAGCCGUGGCUGCACGCCCUCAUUUGACUCGACGAGCUCGCCAGAUUCGCUGUUGUCGAAUUUAAGUCCAAGCUUACCACUACCUUAAACGAGCGAAAGGCAGACACCAUGAGUGUCACCCCCAUUGCUGUCACCGGAGCGAGCGGUGGUGUUGGUGGAUUCGUUGCGCGCGACCUCGCCGCCCGCCAGCUCCCCCAGCGGCUCCUGGUCCGCACUCCCAGCAAGGCGCCGAAACUACCUCACAGCGAGGUACACCAGUCCAGCUACAGCGACCAUGCCGCCGCCAGCGCAGCACUGAAGGGCGUGCACACGCUAUUAAUGGUCUCAGCCUCCGAGAGCGAAAAACGUCUCAACCAACACCGCUCCUUUGUCGAUGCCGCCGUGAAAGCCGGCGUACGGCAUAUCGUCUACACCUCCUACAUAGCCGCUGCACCAGAUGCCGUCUUCACGCUCGCACGCGACCACUACGUAACGGAGGAAUAUAUCAAGUCCAGCGGCAUGCGCUGGACCUUUCUGCGCGACAAUUCCUACAUCGACUUUAUGGAAUCCCUAGUCGGCGCAGACGGUGUCAUUCGCGGCCCGGCAGGCAGCGGUCGCGUUUCGAUCGUCGCCCGCGAGGACGUUGCUCGCCUUGCCGCCGCUGUGCUCGCCGACCCAGAUUCGCACGCUGGAGUUACAUAUGAUGUCACUGGUCGUGAGGCACUGUCCAUGUCGGACGUCGCUGAGAUCAUUAGCGCAGUUCGCGGUCGCGACGUACGGUUCCACAAUGAGACCAUCGAAGAGGCUUAUGCUUCUCGUGCAAACUAUGGUGUCCCGGACUGGCAGGUCGACGCCUGGGUUAGCACGUAUGUUGCCAUUGAGAGCAACGUCAUGGCGCCUGUCUCCAAUGCAAUCCAAUCCGUUACUGGAUGCGCGCCGAUGACGCUUGCCGAGUACCUGACUGCCAACCCCUAAUAGAACAGUAUAAGUUGCAACUUGAACGGGCAUUUGCGACGCUGCACUGCUGCAGCAUGUAUGCAGUCAAUGAUAAGACAUUACAAUAUGACUGACAUUCCGAGAAGAAGCUCGUUCUUCCUGAGCUCUAUCGUUACUGGAGCUUACGCUAGGAAAAUACAAACUGGAAUUCCUGUGCAUAUCAU